UUUUCGCUGUUAUAAUCAUUCUAAUUAUAAGGAAAAGAAACGAAACUGUACUGUUGUUGCUUUUGAACAGCCGAAAGCAGAGGCAGAGGGUUAGAAGUAACGAAUACAUCACAGCUGUUCGAGCUGUCCUUUUACCUGUACCACCGAGGUCAACGAGAAGGCUAUGGAUGAAAGUCCGAAACAAGGAAUGGUGGGAAAAGGUGGUCUUAUUGGAAUUCGCGGACGAUGAGUGGCUUCAAAAUUUCAGGAUGAAACGCCAGUCUUUUAUGAAGUUGUGCGAGCUCACAGAGGACUUUAUGGCGCCUGAGGAGGUAACCGUUAGGGCCCCCAUUCCUCUCACAAUGCGAGUGGCAGUCGUACUCUACAAAUUAGGUAGCUGCGCAGAAUAUCGCGUUAUAGCCAACCAAUUUGGAAUGCAUAAAAGCACGGUCAAGAAAUUUGUUUAUAUGUUCUGCGAGGGUAUAGUGAAGGGACCAAUUAAACAGCUGAUUCGGUCUCCCACUGAGGAAGAGGCAUGUGGAAUUGCGCGGAGGUUUGAGGCAACCUAUGGCAUACCUCAAGUGAUGGGGAUAAUAGAUGGGACUCACAUCCCCAUUCUCCCUCCCUCGGACGGGUACAGAGACUUCGUUAAUCGAAAAGGCUGGCCUUCAUAUGUCCUACUGCAGGGUGUUGUCGAUGACACAAAUUGUUUCAGGAGCAUCAGUUGCAAAUUGCCAGGAAGCGCGCAUGAUGCCAAUGCUUUGCGGCAGUCCGAUCUCUAUGAAAGAUCUUACCUGUUGCCUAAGGGUGUGAGGAAUAUUGAGGGAGAGGAUGUCAGGCUGUUUAUUGUCGGUGACCCUGCCUACCCACUGUUGGACUGGCUGAUGAAGGGCUAUAUGACUUCUCCACAACUGACACAGGAACAGAUGUCUUUUAAUGUGUACCUUAGUGCACUCAGGGUUGGUGUGGAAAACACCUUCGGUAUACUAAAAGCAAGGUGGAGGGUGUUGCUAAAAAGAUCAGACUUCCACUUCACAUUUACACCCACCAUUAUAGCUACAUGCUGUGCUCUUCACAAUUUCUGUCAGCAACAGCAUGACAAUGCAAACACUGCCUAGAUUAAUGAGAUUGCUAAUCACAACAGGAAUUAUCCUCAACCUCAUCAGCCAGUAAACAUUCAGCAAAAUGGCACCUGUAUCACAGCAAGGGCAGCACUGACAAGGCACAUGGCCAUGCACUACCCCCUCCGCACUGGUAAUAAUUUUAGAUGAUUUAAAAAAAAAAAAAAAGCACAAAAUGUUUCACAAAGGCAUUUU